AUGUCCCCGAGUAAGAACAAUGCCGACAAGGUGAUUCCAUCUGAGGAUGGGGUGGCCGAUAUGAGUGAUCGGGAGCAGCAGAUCUACGAGGGCGGCAUCCAGAAGUUCAAUCGUCUUGGAUGGAAGCGCCUGACCAUCGUCCUGAUCGUCGAGGCCGUCGCUCUCGGAACCCUCUCGAUCCCGGCCACCUUUGCGAAGCUCGGUAUGGUGGCGGGCGUGAUCUGCUGUGUUGGUAUCGGUCUCAUCGCGGUGUACACCAGUUACAUUAUCGGUCAGGUCAAGGUCAAGUUCCCGCAUAUCUCGGACUACCCCGAGGCUGGGAGACAGAUGUUUGGGCGAUGGGGAUACGAGAUUCUCUAUAUCAUGUUGGCCCUCGAGCUCCUUCUGUCCGCUGGAUCCCACUGCUUGACCGGAACCAUCGCAUUUGCCAACAUCACUGAGAGCAACAUCUGCUCUGUGGUCUUCGGUGUCGUCUCCGCCAUUAUCCUGUUGAUCUUCGCCAUUCCGCCCAGUUUCUCCGAGAUGGCUAUUCUCGGAUAUAUUGACUUUGUGUCCAUCAUCAUCGCCGUUGGAAUCACCAUCAUCGGCACCGGCGUGGAGGCCAGCAACUCCACUGGACUCGCCGCUGUGAACUGGUCCGCCUGGCCCAAGGAGGGCCUUACUUUCUCGGAGGCCUUCAUUGCGCUCUCCAACAUCAUCUUCGCCUACAGCUUCGCCCUCUGCCAGUUCUCCUUCAUGGACGAGAUGCACACUCCUACCGAUUUCCCCAAGUCCGUCUGGGCUCUUGGCCUCGCUGAGAUCUUCAUCUACACUAUCACCGGUGCCCUCGUCUACGCCUUUGUCGGCCAGGAUGUCCAAAGCCCCGCCCUUCUGUCUGCGGGCCACCUCCUCAGCCGUGUGGCUUUCGGUAUCGCGUUGCCAGUCAUUUUCAUUAGUGGCUCCAUCAACACCGUGGUUCUGGGUCGCUUGAUCCACGGCCGUAUCUUCAAGAGUUCCAACAUCCGUUUUGUUAACACCAAGAUGGGAUGGGUGACUUGGCUGGCCCUGAUCGUUGUCCUGACUAUCCUCGAGUUCGUUGUUGCCGAGGUCAUCCCCUUCUUCGACGACCUUCUGUCUAUCAUCUCCUCGCUCUUCGUGUCCGGCUUCACCUUCUACUUCCCGGCUAUCAUGUGGUUCAUGUUCAUUCGUGAGGGUAGCUACUUCGAGAAGAAGAACCUUCCCCUGACUGUGAUCAACUUGAUCAUCCUUGCCAUCGGUCUGAUUGUGCUGGUUGCCGGAACAUACGCCAGCGUUGUUGAUAUUAUCAACUCGUACGCCAACGGCACCGUUGGAGGUGUGUUCUCGUGCAAGUCCACUUAA